AUGGACAAGACCCACACGAAGGGCAAAGCGGGCAAGGGUAGGGAUAUCAAGCCCACCCAGCUGGACCUCGAGGAAUGCUGCUACACGAGCAGCACCGACGACGACACCAUCGUUGCCACGGAGGGCGCCUACGAGGUGGUGCCGUCCGACCCUGAAGAUGACGACGAGAGGCUGGCAAUGCAACAGCACCAGACGGGCGGCGAGCUGGUGGCGGGCCAGGAGGGAUACGACAUCUUCUGCCCCGAGGAGGAGGACGAGGAGGCGGGGCGGAGCGACGAUGAAGAAGCACAGGGAGGCGGAAGGGAGGGCAUUGCCCGUAGCCCCGUUCCGCCUCCUCAAGGGGGCAAUGCCUACAACGUCUCGGACUACGAACGAGUGGACGGUGCGGCGGCCAACUCAAACAGUUACGAGGAAGUCGCACCGGCCGCGCUUACGAAGCGAGAUGCGCCAUCGCCCAAGGGAACCUUCAUAUUGCUGUCGCCGCAGGGUCCCUCGGCCGACAAGAAAAAGGCGGAGAAGAAGACAGCACAGAAGGAAAAGAAGACAGGCAGCCUAUGGAACAGCAAUUUUCAACAACUGCUCAACAUGGAGGACACGGAGAGCAAGUUUCACAAGCUGGCUUUUCUCGCUCACGACUUUCAGCACGCCGCUGAAGUGUACGGAAAGAUCAUCAUCAGCGAGCGGUAUCUGCCAUACGAAGAGAAGACACUCAAACCAGAGAAGGACAUGGGGGGACUGGCAGGAGGAGAGAAGUUUCUGUGUCGCGGCAUCCUUCUCAAGUAUGCGAUCGAUUCCCGACUUAAAAACGGAACAUGGAUGUACGGCGAAAACGUUCCUGAUGAUGCGUCGGCGAUGAAGUCAGCAGGGCACGAGUUGCGCUGCUGUGGUCGUAUUGUGGAUUCGGGCGAAGCGUUCAAUGAGGGCGUUCUCGUUCCUCUCAUGACGGUGGUGGACUACCGAGGGUUCCGACUCACGGCCGUGUCGAUGCUUCCCGUAUCGAAAGACACGAUCUGCUACGGCUCGGCUGAUGGCGGUAAGAGCGUGCACGCCGACUACCCCGAAUACAACGAGCGAUUUGAGCGGAUCUUUCAUCGCUUGAACCUGAAGGCGCACAGAGUGCGAACGCGGGUUUUGAGUGGUCCCGGUGACAUCGAAGGUCAUCUCGGCGAAGACGACAAGCUUUAUCUGCUGGACUUUGCACGGUUGUAUCCGCCAGAGAGCCCUAUGGCGAUAAAGGAAAUUUUCGACACUCCGCACCCGCGUGCCAUCUUCUACAAGAUGCUGCGACCAGACCCGAACGCCAAGGAAAACAACGCGGAGGUGACGGCAGCCACCUACCGCAUAUUGGACGAGCUCCUGCCCGCCCUCACCGACGAUCUCGUCGCCAAGUGCUCCAGAGACGCCGACCGCUACAUGGACCUGAGGUCUGGCGCCGAGUGGCGCCCUCUCAUGCCCUCGAGCUACAUUACAACGCCGAGCGACUACCCGAUCAACGCCAAGUCGUGCGGCGUGGAUGUCGAAACGCUCAACAGACGGUUGAUGCACAUCCUGCACGGCAUGCAUUGGCGCGGAAUCAACAUGCGCUACCUGGGCGAAGUGAGGCACCGCCUCAUGUCGAGCUUCGGCGACAACCCCUCCGAUCGCAUGUUCAACUCGCAGCUCUUCGUCGUCGUCGCGCUUCUCUACACCGAGAUGGUGGCACGUGUGGCCAAGAACAUCAUUCGUGCCAUGCUGCGCGAGAAGAUGAAGGAGCUCAAGGUGCCGUCGAGCGAGCCCUACAGGCAGCUGGUGUUGACCCUUCUCAACCUCUUCUCGGGGCACUCGGACAAAGCGCACGAGUUCUGGACCUCCAACAAAGCGCCCCCGAUCGACGAAAAGGCCAUCCGCGUCGGCACUGUGGAGCAACUGCAGGGCGGGCUGGAGUACUACAUCCACUUCGCGGCGCGGAGUCAGGAGGAGGAGAGAGGAGUGGACCUGUCUGAGUCCGCGAUGGGCGGCUACUCGGAGUCGCUGAGCUCCGACCUGGAGGGCCUCCUGCCCAUGAAAUGCUGCGUCCGCGCCAAGUACGGCAUGAAUGCGCUCACGGAAAAGGAGUGGAACUCUUCCGGCCGACUCGAGCCCUUCCUCUUCCAGGGGAUCUUCUUCAGGCACGCACCACCCACUUCCCGCUCGCAUUACAAUCUGAUCUGA